AUGACCUUCCCAAUCGGCCCCUUCCUCCAGCAGGACCUGAGCGAGGAGGAGGCCGUGGCUGCUGCGCUGAGGAAAGCCAAGUCUUACCGCAUGGAGCUGGUGCGCAAGGGCCUCGUGAAGCCACUGAAGAAGCAGAGCAAGCGCUCCGGCAUCAAGGAACUGGAACGCAAGGUUGCUCAGGUGAAGAAGCCCUCACAGAUGAAGCGCUUUGAGCCCCUAGGCCCGCAGCCGGGAGUGAGGUGGAGCCUGGGCGGGCAGUGCUGGCAUGCCUACUGCGAAGUCGCAGGCAAGACGAGGAACAUGCGGUGCAGGCCCAAGGACCUCUCGGAGCAGGAGGUGGAGAAAGCCUGGAAGCAGGCAGUGGCCUGGCGCAAGCAGCAAGAGAAGGAGCGGGAUCAGGCUAAGAAGCGCAGAGGAGGAUCUUGA